AUGACACAGCCGUCACCUUCAUCUGUAAUAAAUCUUACAUCUCAGACACAGCUCUGGGAUACACAGAGACUUGCCUUGUUAGGGAAUAUCUUUAUCUCUGGGAGAUCACUUUUACUUGUCAACAAAAGGAGAGAUCAGGAACUUGAAAGGAAUUACAAAGAAGAAGAAGAAGAAGAAGAAGAAGAAGAAGAAGAAGAAGAAGAAGAAGAAGAAGAAGAAGAAGAAGAAGAAGAAGAAGAACAGUGCUCAGGUGCAUGCAAGUGCAUAUUUGAAAUGCCUCUAUGUGGGCCAUAUUACUUUCACCAAGUGAUAGAACGUUAGGAAUACUGUAUGUCUGUAGAAAAAAUCAGAAUAUCUGGCCUGAGCCAACCUUCACAGUGCUACUUGCACAGCAAAAAAAAAAAUGGAAAAGUAUGAUGGCUUCAAGAAUGCGGCAUGCUCAAAUUACACCAGUUUAGAUUAUGCUUGUGCAAUAAAUAGGCUAUGCCCAAAAUCUGGUUAAUGAGCCUGUGCA